CCUGGCGCUUCUCCGCCCUAGGGUUUUGAACUGUCUCUUUCUCUUUCUCUUUCUCUUUCUCUUUCGAUCUUGAUACCGAUUCAGGUAAUCUAAUCCAAACGAUUUUCGUCGAUUCGGCUUUGUAUUUUCUUGGAAACGUUUCGGCUCAGGGUUUGGAGGAAAUGGCCAUCAAUCUGACGGAAGGCGCGAUAGCGAUGCUGUCGAGCGGGGACGGGCAGGCCGGCGACGUCAAGCCGGUCCUCCAAGUGGCGGACCUCCGUCUGGUGAACACUCAGAACCAGACGAACGAGAGGUACCGGAUUCUGCUCUCCGACGGCGUCCAUCUCCAGCAGGGCAUGCUCGCCACCCAGAAGAACGAACUCGUUCGCUCCCACGCUCUCCAGAAGGGCUCCAUCGUUCAGUUGACUCAGUUUGUCUGCAACGUCAUACAAGGCCGCAUGAUCAUUAUAAUCAUAGACUUGAAUGUGAUACUUGAAAGGUGUGAUCCCAUAGGCGAACCAAGGCAAUUUGAAAGGCCCAGUACCGGUACUGCUACCCCAGUGGCAAGAUCUUCUGCACAGAUGCAGUCAACUGCUGAUCAGUCUGGGUCUAGUAUUUGCAAUCAACCAUCUUAUGUUGGUAGUUCACUUGGUGGCUCUGUUGCUAAACCAAAUGUACUGGGUGGCUCAGUUAACAAUCCUGACCAGGGACGAUAUAAUGGGCCAAACGCACACCAUAUGUAUAUCAAACCAGAAAUUGGUGCUGGGGUAUCGCGGGCUCCAUUUAAUAGUUAUGUUCGUCCACAACAGGCUGCAUAUCAGCAACCACCUCCAAUGUAUACAAACAGAGGACCUGUUGCCAAGAACGAGGCUCCCCCUAGGAUUAUUCCAAUUGCUGCUUUGAAUCCAUAUCAGGGGAGGUGGACAAUUAAGGCCAGAGUGACAGCAAAGGGGGAACUUAGACACUAUAGUAAUCCCCGGGGUGAGGGUAAAGUAUUCUCCUUCGAUCUUCUUGAUUCUGAUGGUGGAGAAAUUCGAGUCACCUGCUUUAAUACUGUUGCUGAUCAAUUCUACAACCAGAUUGAGGCUGGUAAGAUUUAUCUGAUUUCCAAGGGGAGCCUAAAACCUGCUCAGAAGGCUUUCAAUCAUCUUCGUAAUGAUCAUGAAAUUCUCCUGGACAGUACAUCAACAGUUCAGCCUUGCCCUGAAGAUGAUAACUCAAUUCCACGGCAACAAUUUCAUUUCCAUCCUAUAAUUGACAUUGAGGGCAUGGAGAACAACAGUAUUGUAGAUGUGAUUGGCGUGGUAUCUUUUAUCAGUCCAUCUACUUCAAUAAUGAGAAAAAAUGGUACUGAAACUCAAAGGAGGGUUCUCCAGUUGAAGGACAUGUCUGGACGAAGUGUUGAACUUACUUUAUGGGGACAAUUUUGCAAUGCAGAAGGACUUGAAAUGCAAAAGAUGUGUGAUUCUGGUGUGUUUCCUGUUGUGGCUGUGAAAUCUGGUAGAGUUAGUGACUUUAAUGGGAAGGCUGUAGGAACCAUAUCCUCAAGCCAGUUAAUCAUAGAACCAGAUUUCCCAGAGGCUCAAAGGCUAAAAGAAUGGUUUCAGAAUGAGGGUAGAAACACACCAUCUGUCUCUAUAUCCAGGGAGAUAAUGACCAUAGGAAGAACAGAUGUUCGGAAAACUAUAUCUCAGAUUAAAGAUGAUAAACUAGGGACUUCAGAGAAGCCAGAUUGGAUUACAGUCAGUGCGACUAUCUCAUUCAUAAAAGUUGAUAAUUUCUGCUAUACAGCAUGUCCUAUCAUGGUUGGAGAUCGACAAUGCAACAAAAAGGUUACAAACAAUGGUGACGGAAAAUGGCGGUGUGAUAGGUGUGAUCAAUCUGUUGAUGAAUGUGAUUACCGAUAUAUUCUCCAGUUUCAGAUACAAGACCACACUGGUUUGUCAUGGGUAACAGCAUUUCAAGAAUGUGGUGAGGACAUCAUGGGUGUAUCUGCAAAAGAUCUGUACUACUUGAAACAUGAAGAGCAGGAUGAUGAAAAAUUUGGAGAAAUUGUGCGAAAAGUUCUAUUCACUAAAUAUGUAUUCAAGUUGAAAGUGAAGGAGGAGAUGUUCAGUGAUGAACAGCGGGUCAAGUCCACUGUGGUCAAAGCAGAGAAGAUCAAUUUCUUAUCAGAGUCCAGGUUUCUUCUGGAUUUGAUGGAUAAGCUUAAAGGGGAGAAUAAUGCCAGUUCUUUAGGCCCCAAAACUGAAGAUGUCUUUUUGAGCACUGGAGUAAAAAAUACUGGCUCUGGGACUUUCGGAGCUAGACAACCUCCCCCUUCUGCUGGAUUGCCAACUAAUCAAACGAGUCAGUAUGGAAACCAGUACAAUGGUUCUAGAUUUACUGCUAGUGGAUCCAGUGGUUCGUAUUUGAGCUGCAACAGCUGUGGUGGUACAGGGCAUAGUUCAUCAAACUGCCCGAGUGUGAUGACUGGUCAGGGACACUCGUAUGGAAGUGGCUUUGCUACUAAGACAUCUCCUGGGGCUGGCAUGGCCGGUGCAUCUAGUGAGUGCUUUAAAUGUCACCAAUUUGGGCAUUGGGCAAGAGAUUGCCCUGGUUUGAGCAAUGUACCCCCAGCCUAUGGGAAUAGCAAUGUUACACCUGGAAGAUACGGUGGUGUUGCAAAACAAAGGGUUGGUGGCUUUUGAGGCAAAUUGCAAUGAGGUUUGUAGAAAUCUGUACGCAUGGAUGGCUAUUCUGUCAAGAUGAAUCUUAGACUUGGUGUUGUGCAUGGGAAUUCUUUUUGUAGAUGGGGCAUUGGGGCGUUGGUUUCCUGUGUGCAGCAAGGCGUCGGGACAGGUUUGGCAUGCUCUUUAGGUCUCUUUAUGUGUAAUCAUAAUUUUGGGUCUAGCCGCUGGCAGGUUUUGUGGACAAACAUUACGGCAAAGGGUUUGGUUAUCCAUGUUGGUUCCUGUAAAUUAUUUCCCAUCUCUAUGUUUCAUAGGAUUUUGAACAUCGUUCAGUAAGUUUGGUUUGUUUUACAAUUGUUGCUUCUUUUCUGGUUUUAUUCCUUGCUAAGGUGAACUGUAUCAUCUUUUAUCAAAUUGGGGUUACAUCCCGAGGGCUGUAAUUGGAGAUGCCAUUAUUAUAAUUCUUGCACCGUCUUGUGGGCAAGAUGGUGGUAUGGUAGUAGGGGUGUUAAAAUAGGUAAAUAGGUUAGGUUUAGGUCGUGUCUGGAGGCCUAGCUUGGUUUCCCAACUCCUUGUGGGUAAUGGCUUAUGAAUGAUAAAGCUUAGAGUAUGCCAAGGUCAUGGAGAUCGGACUUGUACGAUGUGCUU